CUAAGCGUCAGUAGAAGGUGGAAGGAUAAAGUGUGUUUAGGUAAAGGCGAGAAAAGAGACACCGACUUUAAGAGUUAGCUUUGUUUUAUGAUCGGGUUUCAGUAAAAAAAAAAAAAAAAAAAAGAAGGACUAGCAGAAGAAAAGGCGGAUAUAAGAGACGACAGAAGGAAUAAUAAGUUUUCUUUGGAUUAAACUGAACUGAGUUUCUGUACAAGAUGGCGUCAGUGAGUGACCCCCGGCAGACACAGGUUCAGAAGGAUGCGGCUGACCAGAACUUUGACUACAUGUUUAAACUACUCAUCAUUGGUAACAGCAGCGUUGGGAAGACCAGCUUCCUGUUCCGCUACGCAGAUGACUCGUUCACCUCGGCAUUCGUCAGCACCGUUGGCAUCGACUUCAAAGUUAAAACUGUGUACCGCAAUGAGAAACGUAUCAAACUCCAGAUCUGGGACACUGCAGGUCAGGAGAGAUAUCGUACCAUCACCACAGCCUACUACAGAGGAGCAAUGGGCUUCCUGCUGAUGUAUGACAUCACCAACCAAGAGUCCUUCUAUGCUGUACAGGACUGGGCAACUCAGAUUAAGACAUACUCGUGGGACAAUGCUCAAGUUAUUCUGGUUGGAAAUAAAUGUGACCUAGAGGAUGACAGGCUGGUGGCCACAGAAGAUGGACAGAGACUAGCUAAUGAGUUAGGGUUCCAGUUCUUUGAGGCAAGUGCAAAAGACAACAUCAAUGUAAAGCAGGUUUUUGAGCGGCUUGUUGAUAUUAUCUGUGACAAGAUGAACGAGAGCAUGGAUGGACAGCCUAGCCCACUGGCCAAUCACAAAGGACCCAGUCUAGAGGACACACCCACUAACAGCCAAAAUGGCUGCUCAUGUUAAUAAUUGCUCUCACACAUAGACACAUACACACACACACACACACACACACACUCACAUCGAUGACAUGCACAUAUGCUUUGCCCAACAUAGCCACACUCUACCAUUAGUACUAAUGCAGCAAAUUGUACAGUGCAAGUGUAUAGUACAUGUACACACACACACACACACACACACACACAUACAGCUGGACUUACCUCAGGUCCAAUAUUUGUCUUUAUUUAUUAAAUCCUAAUCCAAUUUCAACCUUAUAAUCCUUCAAAUUUUUACACAUUAUGAAUUCUGCAGAAAAAGGCUGCACACCUUAUUCUCUGAAACAGGAGACAAUUAAACUAUACACAGGUUUAUAAAGCUAAGAUUAAAAUUUAAGAACACUGAAAUACCAAAACGCUCAUUACUAAUCAUGAGCAAAUACAACAUUUGAUUUGAUUUGACUAUUACUAGUAAUAAUAAUAUUAUAAAUAUGAUAAUGGGUCAUAAUAAUCAUUUCUGUACUAAUGGAAUAGCUGGGAAAUCUCUGUUCCUGGGAGCUAAGAAGGCUUCAGACUUCAUACAUUAUUUUCUUAUUUUAAAGGUUCAGUCAAUAAUUUUGAGAGGAAUUAACACAGCUGGGUGUUUUUUCAAACUCAAUACAUAUAAAUAAACACAACUCCACCCUUCUGUGGUCUCACUAAAGCCAAGAGCUUAACAAGAGCGUAUUAAAUAUUAAUGUCCCACAUAUUUUAUUUGUUUGUUUUUUCUAAAUUUCCUGAUCUUAUUAUAUCAAUGUUAGCAGUUUGGAAGCUUUUCUCCAAACAAUGUGUCUAUAAGUAAGUUUUUUCUUUUAUUCGGGUAGAUACAUCUCUAAUACAGACCAGCGCAUUAAUAUCACAUGUUUACUCUUUACAUCCAUAGACAGUUUUUUUUUUGUUUUUUUUUUUUUUGGCUACAGCAUUUAAAAAGUUGCAGGUAAUUGGAGGUUGUGAUAGAUUUCAAAACCAAAGAUUCAUAUGAAUGUAUUUUCCAACUUGAUGAUUGACUGAUAGUAUCAAAUUAGGUCAGAUCAGAUACAAAAAGUUCAAGAAAUUUAAUUUUUCAGGCAUUUCAGACAGCUCAUACUGUAUUUGUAAAGUUUUUUACGCCUCCUUGUGGACACUGAAUGUAACUGCUGUGUAUCUCUGAUUCAGAGUUGUGAACUGUUUGAACUCAAAUCUAGGAGGCUGAAACACACAUGGUUUUCUUUCUCAAGUUCAUCUUAUUCGUUUCAUGCUACUAAUUAAGUGAAAAGUGGUGAUAUGGUGUGAUGGUACGUAUAGGGAAAAACAUGCAAAGUUCUGUGUGAUCUAGAAAACUUUCUAAAGUUGUGUAUAUGCUGUUAUAGUAAGUUGUGAAUUGCAUCGUGAAGUAUUGACUGUCUCUUAUAAAGGACUUUUUAAUGCAAAGUAUCCUAAUAUAAUGUUAUCUGAAAUCAAGCAUCCUAUAAUAUUCCAAUCAAACAAUAUAUUUAAAUAAAUUAUAUUAAAUUGCUUAAUGUGGCACUGUCACAUAAAAUUUGAUUAGAAAUGACAAGAUUCUGGACUCUUGAAGAAAUCCAAGCUGAGUGGUUUCUUCAUUUUUUUGGCAAAAAGCAAUAAAGCUACUGCACUGGCAAUUUUCAUUGCACUAGCAGUCCAACAAACCCUUUACAGUGUAUUUAACACCUCAGCGCUACAGAAUGUACUCAGUUUGCAUUUCAGUACACUUUGGUUCUCUUUAAAAUGUAUUACGUACAUGAUAAGCUAAUUAAUUGCACUGUACCCUAAAAUAAACUUGUGCCAGAUUAAAGUGUUUUAAAGGAGUAAUAUCAUCCUUAUUAGAACAUACUGUUCUUUUGGGAUAGGGGAGUUUUCUGAUAUCAAUGUUGCACACGUAAUUUCUAUCACUGUGUCAGGUAUAAGCCAUUUAAUAAUUCAAGGAAAAAUGCUAAAAGAUCUCUGUGCUUCUGUUAGACAUUUACUGCAGUAAAGUUUCAUAGUAAAUGAUCAGGUUAUUGAGAUGUAUAGGUUCAGGCAUUGUAGCUCACACGAGAUCCAGACUAUUAUGUAAGCAAAAUGAGGUCAAAAUCAGAAUCUGUACAAAUUAUACGUUGAUCUAGUAUCAGUAUGUGGACUGUCAAUUCAAAUAAACAACAAACUAAGGCAAAGCA